UAAUAAUUCUCAGUCUGAAUAAUGUACUUGUUCUUUUCUUGUCCAUAUUCAUGUGUGAAUUCUGAUCCCAUUCAUAUCUUAAUCAACUCGUUCGGCCUCGUCAAGGUAACGGCGGCAAGCUCGGUGGGUCUUCAUCGGUCCCCUGUCUCCCCGGCCGACGUCAGCGCCGACUCUCCUCAACAGCUCGGUCCAGCUCAGCCCAGCCAUCCCACUAUCAUAAAGCUUGCGCCAUAGCCUCAUCUCACUUAUCAAUAAGACACUAGGGGCAAGAGGCAGAUAACAUACACAAUUGUCCGCCAUGUCGUACUUCUUCGCGACUCCCGUCGAUAUCGACGUUGUCCUCGAUGAUACAGAUGAGCGUUCUAUGGUCGAUGUCAAGCUCGACAAGAACCGUCGCGAGAAGGCGCCUCUCUUUAUGGAUGGCGAGUCUGUCAAGGGCGCUGUCACUGUUCGUCCAAAGGAUGGCAAGAGGCUCGAGCAUACUGGCAUCAAGGUCCAGUUCAUCGGCACGAUAGAAAUGUUCUUCGAUCGCGGCAACCACUACGAAUUUCUCUCCCUCAACCAGGAACUCGCUGCGCCUGGCGAGCUUCAGCACCCACAAACAUUCGACUUCAACUUCAAGAACGUCGAGAAGCAGUACGAAUCAUACAAUGGCAUCAACGUUAAGCUGCGCUACUUCGUCCGCGUCACCGUUUCACGCCGCAUGGCCGAUGUCAUCCGGGAAAAGGAUAUCUGGGUCUACAGCUAUCGCAUCCCCCCUGAGAUGAACAGCAGCAUUAAGAUGGAUGUUGGUAUCGAGGAUUGUCUACACAUUGAGUUCGAGUACAGCAAGAGCAAAUACCAUCUCAAGGAUGUCAUUGUUGGGCGCAUCUACUUCUUGCUUGUGCGCCUAAAGAUCAAGCACAUGGAGCUGUCCAUCAUCAGAAGAGAGACGACGGGCGCUGCUCCCAACCAGUAUAAUGAAAGUGAAACCUUGGUGCGCUUUGAGAUCAUGGACGGUUCCCCAUCGCGAGGAGAGACAAUUCCUAUUCGACUAUUCCUCGGCGGUUUUGAUCUAACACCUACAUUCCGCGACGUCAACAAGAAGUUCUCCACGCGUUACUAUCUCAGCUUAGUUCUCAUCGACGAAGAUGCUCGACGAUACUUCAAGCAAUCUGAGAUUAUUCUUUACCGCCAAGCUCCUGACGCCGCACCUGUUCUAAACGCCGGUACCUCCUCACUACCUGCGCCCCCAGAGAACAAGUUGGCUGCUGCACAGGCAUAAAGAUAAAUUAGAAGAGCCUGGCUGUUGGUCUGAUGUACAUACACUGUCAACUUCAUGCGCGUCCUUUAAGCAUCGGGUCCUGGCGUUUCGGGUUUAAGGCUGGAAGAGCAAGAUGAUGGAAGAUUUGUAGUUCCUGUUUCCUCUGCAAAUCAAAUUAAUACAUACACCGUAAACAGUCCCGAUAAUGUCCUAGAUAUUUCGCCCGUCCGAGUUUUGAAACAAUACACCUCUAGUCUACAUAAAGUGACCUGUCCUAUUUCUGCAUUCAUGCAAUUUCCAUAACGUCGUCCGCCUCGAAGCCAAAUUGGUUGUUGUGAAUCGCUGCGAUUCGGUCCAGCUCAUCCUGAUACUGUUUGCGAAUAUCCGCCAAUGACACCACCUUGCGCUUUCCUGCAUCUUUCUGUCCAAAGCCAGCCGAGGACUCAUCAUAAAUCCAAGCCUGCUUGGGCUCCACACAGCUGAGAGCAUUGAUGAGCAGGAGGUAUUGCCUUGUCACUGGUGUAUCGAGGAUAUCUUCUCCCGUAGCCUCAUCUCCCUCUCCGGCGCUUUGCAGCUUGUGGAUUCGGUCUAAUACAACCGACGCGGCACCACGGUAGUUAUUGUGCUUAAUACGCCAUGAGUAGAGGACCUGGUGGUAGGGGAAUCCUUCUAUAACAUCCAAUGAUGCUUUUGUCUUCUGUGCCAGGAUAUCGUCAACCUCCUGUUGGAGACCGGGGAAAGGGAGAGCAACGAGCUCAUUGUUGUGAUAAGUCGCACACAUUCUGUCAAUCAACUUGCGCAGAUUUGAGAUCUUCAUGGCUUGGUCCUUAAUCGAGACCAAGGUUGUGUGUGCGAGCUCAAAUUGCGAUGUCGCUACUGCAGCGUUGAACAAGCGGCUUUGCAUGUCAGUCUUGGUAAACAUAGCGUCCUGCUUAGUACCCAAGAACUGCAUGGCCAGGCGGGCGAAAUCGACCACAUAAGAGUAGGCCUUCUGCUUCUCGAACAAAGCAACAAUAUGCGAAUAGUACUUUGCAAGGCCUUGGUAAAGGAGGUUCCACUCUGUGUCAUCAAGCAAGCCGCUACUAUGGCGGUCGCUUCCGGCAUUCCCAGCGCCUAGCUAUCUGUUAGUAAGGAGUCAAUAACAAAAUUGGAAGGACUUACUCAUUCCAAUGGCUGCUCUUCUGAAGAAAAUCGCAGCGGUAUUAAAGUCCUUCAACGCCAGCUGCAAACGGCCCUGGACAUAUGUGGAGAAGGGGUUUUGGUCGCAGAAAGGCGCAAGAUCCAAUGCCAAAUCAGCCCUCUCUCGUUUGAUGAGAGAGCACUGAACAAGCGGUGGUGAAAUCUCAAUAUCGCUGUCCGGAGCGCACAAGUUGGUGACGAGAUCUGUGACACUGGUAGCCAGUGGCUCACUUUGGUUCGCAAAACCAAGCAGGUGACCAACAUGCGCCUCCAGUGCGGUUACGAGUUGAGCAUCCUCAGAGCUCUUCUUCACAGCUCCGCUCUCACUCUUUUCUCGGGUGCUUGGCACUGAGAUUUCUACCUGGGCGAGCCACUUCAACAGCUCCAAACGUCGCAGGGCCGCAACGAGCUGUCUGAAUACGUUGCCAAUAUCAACGCGAUUGUGAAGAGCUUCUGCCUCAUUGUCGUGCUCAAACUCCAUGUGGACGAGAAGAAUCAACUGGCUGAAGUAGACCUUCCACUGCAACUCAAUACUGUCUUGAACGGCUUUGACGACCAGUUUCCUGC